GUGUAUUUUAAUGAAUAACUACGUUAUGCUACCUUAUGAAGUAAUCUUUUUUAAAUGGCUGCAUUGAAGGACGAAGCAGGUCAAAACGAUGCAACAUGUUCUUGUUCCAUCAAGCUCAAAGACAAAGAUUCUAACAAAAUUGACAUAAGAAUACAUUAUCCGAUCUGUUUUGUUUUUGAUAUUAUAUUGAUCGUAAAAGAAGAUAAAUCCGAUUCGUCAUCAACCAAUAUUUUCAUCAAACGCAACAGUGGAGAAUUUACCAUUUCAUUAAGCACUACUUUUAAUCAAGACAAUAACUUUGUUGUGUAUGUUUAUGGACUAAAGACGAACCAUACAAACAUAGGACUAUACAACAGGGUAGUGUGUCAUGGACAUAGAGAUAUCAAGUGUUCUGAAGAAAUUCAACAAAAUAUUGCUUUGGAAGAAUGCGACGAAGACGUACAUUUACCUUUGUCAUCAUCAGCUACACAAGGUGUGUUACCAGUAACUGUAUAUCGAGAACCUCCAUCAGUUUACUGGCUAGAUGUCAAUUAUAUGAACUUACCUGAUAAAGAUUUUAUUGUUUUUAUCAAAGUGAAGAACCAGAUCCGAUGCUACAUUGUCAAAGGUCGGUGUGUAAAUAUGGCCUUUCCUUUUGAAUUACCAUCUGCAUCGUCCGUUUCAUGUAAAAUUUUAUGUGCAUGCCGUCUGAAGCGGAUAUAUGGGAGCGUUUGGAUAGCAACUACUGAGUCACAUAGCAAGGUCAUUCACUUUAAAACAUUUUUAUCACUACUGGAUACAUAUAGAUUGUUUAAUCUUGCUAUAGCAUUCGGGACAAGGAAAGUAACUCCGAACAUGCAACCUAUUCAAUACUUUUAUCGGAAUAAAUCUAAGGAGUAUUUUGAUAUGAUAAUGAAACAGUUGAAUGGACAAAUGCGACCGUAUUUGAAAAGUAAUGGCGGAGAACAAGGCUCUGUUGUUAAUGGGCGGCUGUGUGGUUUAUUUUUCAGUACCUAUAUUGAUACUUCGACGAACAUGCCAGGUCCCUAUUCUCAUUUUGGGCCAAUUCGAUUAUAUAUCCAAUGUUUGGAAAUGUUCAACCCUGAGUGUAAUUUAUAUUUUGCAGACUUUUACUGUCACGUUAAACGACACCAUGUAACAGUCAUUGUAGUGCCAAAGUUUUCAAUGGCUAACGAAUUUUGUCGACAGUUUUUGAAAGAAUUAGACGUUUUUUAUAAUCCUUAUUUGUGUUUGAGAGUAGAAUGUAACGGAGCUCUUACUGUAAUGGCAAAUAUGGACGUCACUGUUGAAGUGUUUUAUACUGAACCCGUUAAUGUGAGGAGAGCUUUAGAGUUGAAGUAUGGCUUUAUAGAAAAAACAAAAACAAUCGGACGAGGGUAUGCUCACCCAUCUGGUACUCCGAAAAAUCCUUUUUGUACGAUCUGUAACUUAUAAUAGUCAAAACAUUUUCUUCACAAGUUCUAAAACUGGUUCAAUUUGUAUGUCGCUUAGAAUUUCUGCCAACCAAGUUAUUUAAGUAAUAAACAUGUCAUGCAUUGAAAGAUUUUACAUAAAUUUUCCACCGUUUUGGAGUACCUUUAUCAGGUCAUGAUG